ACCCUGCUGAAACCUGCCACUUUACUCCUUGGAAAUGUACAACACGGUGCAAAUGGAUGAAAGGCACGCUGCAAGUUGGGCGAAUAUGGUUUCGUGCUCUCAAUAAGUCAAGAAGUAGAGCAAAGCAACAGCAUUGCGAGGGGGUGCGGUCCCUCCACCCAUUCCGAGUUCAUAUUGAAGACACGGAUGCACCCUUAGUUAAUACACACCAGCAGCUCAGCAUAUACAUAGACAGGGAUGGAUUUCAUUCUUCACUUUUUUAAAGGAGAGCAGGAAUUUAUUUGGUGCUGUUUUUUAUAGUCAGCCCAGUAUUCAGCAACCAGCAGUCAGUGUUAUUAGGUGGACGAGUGUGAAGGGAUUUGACUUCCGUCACCUGAACAAAAGAGGACAACAAAGAGGCGAGAGAGAGAGGUCCAAUUAAGGUGGGUUGAGUGGACAGGUCUGAUUGUUCAGGUUGACGACGUACGACGACGACAGUUUUAAUUAGAUUGGAUUAUCGAACUAUCAAUGUGGAUAAUAUUGAUAUGACGAGAAAAGUUUCGGGGUUUUGAUAAACCCUGAACUCUACUAAUUUAGCUGUUCCAUUAAAUAAGAGCUUAUCAUACAUACAUUCCAAAUUUGCUCGAAUCUCUACAUUUACAAACUACACUGCCAAACUAAUUGAACUAUGAAGAUAAGCAUGAUGAGUUGGAAGGCGACAAUAUAACUACCCUAACUGAUUGGAGAUACAAGAUACAAAAACUGCUACAACCAAAAUACUUGGAUACACAUACGACACGUUCGUGGACCUUUUUUCACGUCGCGAAAACCACGAGUCGAAACAGUUCCACAUUAUCAUUUUGUCUGUGAGUGAGCAAACGAGAAACCAGUCAGAAUAGGUCGUACGUGGGAUCACCCUUUGCUCAAGGGCGGCGGCGGCGGUGGGGUCGACAGCGGUGGAGGAGAUUUAGUCCAAGUUCGGAGAAUGGCUGGACCUCCGCCCAGGUUGAAAAAAUAUCGACGAGAUGAAUCCGAGGUGUCAUGUUGUCUCAAAUAUCUCAUUUUUGGAUUCAAUGUCAUCUUUUGGUUGAUGGGUCUCUUCAUAUUGGGCGUCGGUGUGUGGGCUUGGAGUGAAAAGGAAACACUUUCCAAUUUGUCUAAAUUAACUCGGGUAGCGUUGGACCCUGCCUUUAUCCUCGUCCUUGUCGGAUCCAUGACCUUUGUUAUCGGAUUCACAGGAUGUGUUGGAGCCCUCCGUGAAAAUACUUGUUUGCUUGCCGUCUACGCCAUAUUUCUCGCUGCAAUUUUACUUGUGGAAAUAUCUGCCGGAAUUCUAGGGUUUAUGUUUAAGGAUUGGAUAAAGGGUGAAGCGACUUCGGGCUUCCAAUCCUUCAUAAUUUCAUACCGUGAGGACCCUGACCAGCAGAAUUUAAUCGACUGGAUUCAAGAACGAUGGUUGCAGUGUUGCGGCAUUGAGGGGGCACGUGAUUGGGAUAAAAAUGUAUAUUUUAAUUGCAACUCGACCGCGCGUGAAGCUUGUGGCGUUCCAUUUUCAUGCUGCAAACAACCCAUGGAACAAUUAUGGAUUAGAAAUACGCAGUGUGGCUAUGACGUGAGAAAACCUGAAUAUAACUUGGACGUGUCAAAAGUAAUUUACGAAACGGGUUGCCUCUCCUCCGCUGAAGAUUGGUUGGAAAGAAAUCUAAUCAUGGUUGCUGCUGCCAUCGUCGCCACCGCGUUUCUACAAAUUUUAGGAAUUUGUUUCGCUCAGAACUUACGAGCUGACGUUUUUGCCCAGAGAUCAAAGUGGCGCUGACAAUUAGGGGCCGGCCCCACACAUAUUUAAUCAAACAGGGACCGGCGUCCAAAAUUUAAUGCUAUCCAUUAACUAACCAACCAACCAAAAACAACAUUAUCUUAAAAAAUAUUUAUAGUUUUCCUCCGUUCAAUUGAUCAUGAUAUUAACUACUCGCAUUUGUUUUUGUUACCAUAUUUGACCGAGAAUCUCGGUCAAUGUCAAGAAAUGCCAAACAACAAUUUUCCCAAUUUUCUGAUAUCCUCCGAGGUUUUAAGUCAACCAAUUUAAUUAGUUUUUUUGUAUUUUUGACCAACCGAACACUAAAAACGACAUAAUAACUCCUAUUUAUUGUUCUAAUUAUUAUUCCCACGUGUCUAGUUUUAAAAUCGGACUCAAUUAAGUAGGUAUACUAAUUUAUUAUUUUGUGCUCUCGUCUCCACUUGAAGACCACGAUCGCGUCGUAAAUCCAAUGAUUUUCAAGUCGUGUAUGUCAAUUCAAUUUAGAAAUUAAUGCGAAGCAAGUCUGUUGUCGUUGUAUUUCCUCAGUUUCGUUGUUGUGAUUUUAUGUUUCGUAAUGUUAUUCCGUAAUCAAUCGUCGUCGUCGUCAUUAAAUAUAAGGAAAAGUGAAAUCUCUUUAAGAAAAACCAAGAUAAAUAACUCUAAGUUGUAAAAAUUACAUAAGUAUAAUCAUCACGAUGAGAAAUAGAAGAUAAGAGAAAGAAAGAAGUAAGAGAAACAUGUCAAGAAGAAUUAAUGCAAUCUAUUUUCUACUCUCGAUCUAUCUCCUCUCCGACUCACUAUUUAAUUAACUGAUCUGCUAACGAAUCUCAUUUAAUUUUAGUUAACUUAUUUAAUUUACUCAUUAAAAACAUACUAUGUUUGGAUUUUGAUACUGUAAUUUAUUCAUGUAAGAAGAAGCAUUUAUUAUUAAUUUGUCAUAAAUCACGUCCUUUUUUAUACUGCUGGGUUUUGUUACUUAAUUAAUUUGUGUGUUUAGUUAGCUAUUUGAGAAAUCAGUCAUUAUAUAAUUAUGUAUCGCAGUCAAAUGUCGUCGUUUAAUUAUUUCUCCUCUUUUUGAUACAUGUUGAUGGAUGAAAGUCGGUGACAAUGACAUAUUUAUGUAAUUGUUCUCUCUUCUAUACUUCCGGUGAAAGUAAUGGGAAGAAUAAAAUGAAAUGUAUUCAUGAAAAGGACAA